GAGUUUGAACAAGGAGUAAAUAACAAGAUGAACACGUCGCGUGUCGACCCGUUGCAAUACCUGGAACUGUACAUGUCGGCGACGGAAGAGUUACUCAAGGAAGUGGAGUGCGCAAUGGACGAUUUGAAAGAAAACCUGGGAUACUAUUUUGACGUUUCAGACAUAAUUAACCGACUACCACCGCCGCGGCUGCCGGCAAUCCUUGUACAACCCGAGGAGGAUUAUGGCGACGAUGACGAGAUGAUGACGUGCCCUGAGAUUGAGGAGUUGUUCGUUCGGCACGAGCAACAGGAGUUGGAGGUUAUCACCAUAUUCCUGCUGAUUGAUUACCUCUACCAUGCUAUGAAUUGGCCUUACGGCUCUGGCUAUAACCAGAUUUCUUCGAUUAUACAAUGCUACCACGACCGGCUACACAACGCUGUCAACUUUUAUGACGCCGUGUUGAAUCCACCGGGUCCGGCUUCCAGCACCAUAUUCUGUAUUAGUGAUUCUUAAAUUCAAGUUUGUCAAAUAUAUAUAAAGAAGGUUAUUGGUAUUCAAGCUUUCUACUUUAUA